GAGCUAAGUAUUUAAACGAUAAGGUGAUAUAAAUAGUUAUUUAAAUCAAUGGGCGUUCGCUUAAAAUGAUUAAUAAUGUAACCGUGAAGCCUAUGUAAUGAGUAUCACUCUCCGUACAUAAAUAAGCAGGAUAGACUAUAGUAUACUAUGCAUUUAUAUAUGUAACUAUAGGAUUAAUCUAGUGAAGGCAUAAUUAUGAACAAUAUCUAGAUCAAUGGUAAGACAAUAAUGGAUUCCAAUAACAUGGUCUCAAAUAUAAGGUAACAGAAUCUUUAGCGUAUAUAAAACUAUCUAUGGUACUGCGUCAAACGUACAUCUAGGUUGAACUAUUAGCAAAAGCGUAAUCAUGAACAAUACCUCUAUCUUUUAGGCGAUGAAUCCAUUUGGUUUCUUUGCAGCGUCUAUCCUUCUAAAUCUGAGGUCCAAAAAACUGAUGGGAUAAUUCGAGCUAUUGAGUCAGCUGCACAAUUUCCUCCCAGGCUUCAGUCAUAUUGACAAGUUUUGUGAAAAAUAAGCUACACAUAGGCCUGUGGUUAUUAAGUGUGGCUGCAUCGGGCAAUAUAUUAUUAUAAUCAUCGCUAUCCUAUUUUACAACUUAUUUAAAUUGCUGAACUUUUUUUUUAUAUUUCAGGAAGCUGCAAAAUGCAACCGUGUAAAUUUCCACAUGAUUUACAUUCGAGUCACAAUUUGGCAAUCUUGCAACGACUGUUUCUCGAUGAAGUCAGACCAGUUGAUUUAUACAGUCGUCUGCAGGAGAAGUUUGAACGAAAGCUGAAGCUUUGCGGUUUUUAUGACACAGACGAGGGAUGUAAAGGCGGAGAAAUGUGCCAAUACCUGCACUUCUGCAGGUAUCACAUAAAAGGGACAUGUAAAUACGAAGAUGAUUGCAAUUAUAAUCACGAUAUAUUGGGUGAAAACUGCAAAGAUGUUCUUGUUCAGUUUGGAAUAAAAACAGACCAAUCGGUUGAAGAAAUUAUCCGCACAGUGCGAAGCCGUUUAAAUGUUGAUGUAGAGGUGGUGCAAGAUACCGCCGAUGACAGUAAGCGCUCCAUCGCCCAUACCAAGCUGAAGCUUUGCGGUUUUUACGAAACAGACGAGGGAUGUAAAGGCGGAAAAAAAUGCCAAUACCUACACUUCUGCAGGUAUCACAUAAAAGGGACAUGUAAAUACGAAGAUGAUUGCAAUUAUAAUCACGAUAUAUUGGGUGAAAACUGCAAAGAUGUUCUUGUUCAGUUUGGAAUAAAAACAGACCAAUCGGUUGACGAAAUUAUCCGCACAGUGCGAAGCCUUUUAAAGAUUGAGGUAGCUAAGGUGGUGCAAGAUCCCGCCGAUAACAGCAAUUGCUCCAUCGACCUUACCAAAAAAACUGAAAUAUGCUCUUAUAAUAUUCGAGGUUAUUGUCAUUCCGGUGAUUUGUGUGAUAAAAUCCACCAUAACCUACCGUACAUGUGGCUGUAUAGUAACGGCAAAUGUAGCGGCAAUAAAUGGAUGCUAUUCGACCCAGACGAACAGGUGGAUAUUGAAAAAGACUAUUGCAACGUGAACAAAUCUUCUACCAAUAUCAAUGACUGUGAGCGAUUUGUAAGUAAACUAAAAGAGGCUCCUAGUACUGCAAAACUACGGUUUGACGUAAUGAUGAUCUUAAACCGUCAAGUUCACCGAGUAUCCACAAGAGGGUGUGUAUUUGAGCCCAGCAGUACACCAUUCACAACAAAUUGGGAAUGGUAUUGGAAAGAAGAUGAAGAUUUAUGGACUUCUUAUACAAAACAAGGACGGGAUGCGAUGCAAUCGGACAAAGAUAGUGAUGAGCUGGAGGAAUUGUAUCAAUAUUACCUGUCUGGUCAAGGUGAAGCAGUUGUACACUUCAGUACAUCAGUCCAUCAUACAUACAAACUCAGUUUUCAGGAAAUGAAGCAAACGAACAAAGUGCAUGGUAAAAAGCGUGAUGUACGCCGACGCCCUCGAAAAAUGGUAACAAUUAGUGACAUUAAUAUUUACAAAGAGAAUUGGCAAGCGAAAAAGCGAACUCUGAAGGCGAUGACAAACCAACAUAUGAUUAAAAACCCUCUGAUCGUGUUCCCAAAAAUAUGGAGUUACUAUUUUGACGAUCUUGAUGAGUCUAAGGAUUUCUGCCUGGUUGAAGUUAAACAAGGGAGUGACGAGUACGAUCUGAUCUCAAAUGAGCUGACUGCGGUGUCCCCGAAGAAAGUUCGAGAUUUGGAAAUUCAAAGAAUUCACAAUUUUGAACUCUGGGAGGACUUUUAUAAAAAACGUAAUCAAAUGAGUGAUGAAAUUGAGGGAAAAAAUGUUGUUACAGAAUUGAUUUUAUGGUACGGAACCUCAUCGCAUGCUAUCUCUACGAUUUGUCAACAAAAUUUUGACGUUAGUAAGCACCCGACAACUGCCCCUGUAAGUUUCACCAGUAGGCCUAAUAUUGUUGCGUGUAUGAGGGAAACAGUUCAUUCUGGACUACACAAACUAUUUCGUGUUCGAGUAUUGAUAAAUAAAGUUGAAGAAUAUUCUAAAUACAAACCAUGUGCAAAAAACGAUUGUUCAGCAACUUGCGACUCAGUUAGUGAUCCUUCUGCAUACACUGUCUUUAACAAAGACCAAUUGUAUCCGGAAUACCUGUUCACUUUCAAGUACUAAGGUCAUAGUUUUUCAGAAGUUGAUGACAUUAUUGUUGUCCUGUUUCUCGCAAUUAUUCUAAUGCUUGCAGAUGUGAUAACUUAACUUGAUUACAACUUGAAAAGCGUUAAAAAGCUUGGGAAAUAAGUGGCCGUGACUUGCAGUGGAUUUUAGCAGUUCACACACUGCGUUGUAUGACGAAUCAUCUCCACUUUCUGUGAGUGCUUUACGACACAACACCGCCUGAAAACAUUUUGGUCUAAUUAACAUUGGAUGUUAGAAGUUUUCAAACGUUUAGGUAUUAAAAACAAUAUUUAGGCCUAUACAUAAUGUUUUUAAUGUUUAUGAAUCUAUUUAGUCAUUGAUUACAGAUGAUUUAUUUUAUCGUCUAGAAAACCAAUCAAAUGAGAGUCAAAUCAGAGUACCUAUAUUGUAAAUUUACAGAAUAAAAAGAAAAAGGAAAGAAAAACAAUGAAAGUAAAAUGAAGAAUGAAAAGAUAAAGCAAAGAAACAGAAAAGAACAAGAAAGAAGACAGAAUUAAAAAGGGAAAAAGGAAUUAAAGUAACAGAAAAAAUGUGAAAUUAAACAAGAUAAAGGAAAAAAUAAAGGAAAGAUAAAAAACAAAAGAAAUUAUAAAGAAAAUGAAAAAAUAACAUAAUAAUUAGUCUGUUCAGGUAUAGGAUUAAUUUGCAAAGUUAAGGAAAGGGAAUCACAAUUUUCGUUCAAAUAAAAUUAAAAGUAAUCGAAAAUACAAAUAAGAAAAACAACUAUCUGUAUCUGUUUGUUAAACAAAACAUGGCAUGAUUUUAGAACUGAUGUUUGAAGCUUUAAAAAAUGAUUAAACAAUUGGCUCUACUAUUUGGGAUACUAUAAUGCAUUCAUUGUGUAUCUAACAAUUACACAAGAACCCAACUUUGAGAAGGCCGUUAGAUUUUAGACUAUGUAUUCUGUCGCAACAACUAACUUGGCAACUGGUUGAGGGCAAAGUUCGUAUUUGCAUUUGAUUGUGUUGCCAUAAUAGUUAAAUUGCCAGUUUAUCAAUAUCAAAGUUUAUAUUAAUAAUAAUUGCGUGACAAAAGUAUACAGGCACUUGGGCUUUGCUUGGAAGAAGUUUAAAGAUCUAAGCACGGAAUGUCACCAAAGUGCCAGGCAGAAAAAUAGAAACUGGUUUGAGGAAGAAAAACAAAAUUUCCGUUUUGCUACAGGGUGGAAACGUGACAACAAAAACAAUGGCUUUACCACAGUAGGGGGAAAAGCCCCCCAAAAAAUAUUUAAAAAAACAAAAACAAAAACAGAACAAAAACAACGGCUUUUCUAUAGUAGUAGGACAAGCCAACAAAAAAAAAUUAAAGAAAUAAGCAAACAAAUAAAAAAACAAGCCAAAAACAUAAAUAACUACCGUACGUUUUCCCCAAAUAACGACAUUCUUCCCCGAAAGUUAUCAAACAUAGUUAUAUUAUGUAUGUUUCACAAACACAGAUUUAUAUUAAUUAUGUAUUUGUAUAUUGACGUGUUAAUGCUUUUUUUCCCUGUAUUUUUAAUCGGUGAAGUUUUGUAUAGAAGAUAAAGUUGUUAUUAUUGUUCCAACGAUUUUACGCAAAUCCGAUGUGCUGAUUGUGUGAUUGGCGGAGCUGGCUAGCUUAACCCUAACCUUAAACCUACCUCGAUGUAAUUGCAUUGCAUUGUUCACUCCUAUAAACUUCUAAGCACUUAUAUAUACAUAUACAUAUAUAUAUACAUAUACAUAUAUAUAUAUACAUAUACAUAUAUAUAUACAUAACAUAUACAUAUAUAUGUGUGUGUGUGUGUGUGUACAGUAUGUAUUAUGUAUAUGUACGUGUGUGAUAUGUUUUUAAGCAGCAACUUGUCAACGGCUACCUAUAAGCUAUUACGUAGCUUAAAAAUUAGCUCCACUAUGUGUGCGAGCCCAAAAGUUGUAUGAAGGGAGAGAGACCAGUGUUCUUAGAUCCGUAAUAUUAUCGUAGGGGCCUCUGUGGUACGGUCGCCGAGAUAACAAGAGAUUGCGGGUUCGAUUCCCACCAUUUCAUACAACUAUAAUAUGGAACUUUCGUUGAUGAACUAUGUUUGAUACACUCUAUAACAUCAUGUUACUAUAUAUUUGAGCACUGUAUUAUUAUCUGAUUUAUACAUUGUGUUCUCAGUGCUAAGCAGCAACUUGAUUUGAAUGUAUAUAUAUAUUUGAAAUAUAUUUAUAUAUUAUAUAUUUAUAUAAUUAUAUUAUAUUAUUAUUAUAUAUAUAUAUAUAUUAUAACUGCACGAUAUCCUAUAGGUCUCUGUAGUUUGAUGGGUAUGAUACCCGCCUUGACAGCGAGAGGUUGCAGGUUCGAAUCCCGCCAGAGACACUUUUUUCUUACAACGGAAAUGAAAGGAACUUUUCGUUGAUGAGCAUCUUCCUAUUUGAGAAAUGUUAUUAUUAUUUAUCUGUUUGUUUAUAUAUUCACGGUGCAACGCAGCAACUUGAUUUGAAUAUUAUUUACUAUGAUUUCCCAGCUGCGACCUAUAAGCUUUUCUAGCUUAACCACAGCUCCACUGUGUGUAAGCGUUUUAGUCAGUUGUAUGAAAGAAGGUGCCUGUGGGUUAGAACUGCACGAUAUCCUAAGGUCUCUGUGGUCUAAUGGGUACAAUACUCGCCUUGGAAGCUAAAGUUUGCAGGUUCGAAUCACGCCAGAGACACUUUGUUUCAUACAAAUAUGUGUGUGUACAUACGAAUGGUUGACAUGUAUUCUCGAAAGUUUAUCAAAUAAUAAUUGUCUACUAAUAAUGCAAAUGAAAAUAUGAUUUUUAUUGAUGUAUAUAUGUUAAAGAAAGAAAUGAAUGAAAGAAAAAGGAAGGAAAUUUAAGAGAUAUGAAAAAGAGUGAAAUCACCGAUUGGUCAAGUGUUGUUAUUUUAAGGGUAACUGUACGUUAGAUUGUUGAUUAUUAGUGUGUGCAGGCCCCGCCGUAACUAAAAGCUAUAAAAUAACUAAUAAUAUCUAGCAGAUUGUAAUAAAGUAGCCCAACACGAUUGCUAGCAGUUAUACUUAUAUUAACAUGUAGUUCAUACUCUGAUUAAAGAGAGUAAGGUUUUGUAAUUUAUAUUUACAUUAAUACAAUUUUUUACGUCAUAUAUACCCAUAUUUGUACAAUGGUUGUUACGAGCAAACAUAAUGAUCACAAAAUAAAAUAAAUUAAAU